AUGCAGGAUAACGGAUAUCCCAACGAUGUCUACAAUGCUGACGGUGUAGAAGAUGGUGACGUUGAGAAAAUGGAAAGAUUAGGGCACCCUAACGGCCCUGAGGAGAGCGAUUUCGAGAAGAUGCAAAGGCCAGCGAACUUCCACCCUGACGAUGUGGAGAGCACUCGCCGCGCAGAGAGUGCUGUGGAUGCCCAUGCGAGACAUGAAGCAAUGAAAGAUAUGAACUCUCAAGCCAAUGAGAUGAGAGCUGCGGCCGAACGCAUGAAACAGGGUGCUGCCAGCCAUGAGACCGAGAGUAAGGAGAAUACCAAGGAAACUGAAGUCACAAGGACCGUAAUACCAAAAACUGGAGAGGGGAAUAUUAUAAUCACCAACCAAACUCAUGCAUCUCCACGAAAUGAAAAAGAGGUGGAUCCUAUGAAGGAACUGAGAUCUGCUGUGGAGAACCUUUAUCAAAGGGCACGAUACAAGAACCUACCUGUUGGGGAAGCUGGGGAACUAAAUACACCUGAACAGAUAUACCAGUCCCUUAACAAGCUCGAAUACAUAAUAGACGGGUAUAGACACACCCAGCUGAGCUCACCUAAUCCAGACCUGAAUAUCACUGAGGAAACUGCCGAGACUACCGAGGGUGAACCAGAGUCCCCGCCGCAGUCCUCUCAGGAGGGUAACGUGGACGAGGGAGAAGAUAACGCGGAAGACGGCAGGUUCUUACAGACCACUGGGAAGGGGCACAAGUCUGAUGAACCUGAGGAUGAAGAUGAAGUAGAGGACAUGGAUGAAGAUAUGGGUGACUAUGACGAUGAACAGGUCGUUGACGACGAAGAGGCGAGCCAACCUGAGGAGGAAACAAGUAAGGAGGCCAAAGGUGGUAAUAAAAUGACUCCACAAGAGGCCCUGGAUACUUUGAAGAUGACAAUCACCGAGCUUGUAGAAACGCUAAACAGUGUGGUAACAACCCAUACAGGCGUACGCAACGUCCUCGUUCACCACAGUCACAAUGCACAACAGGUGGUAUAG